AUGUCAAUCUCUGGUGGAUCAUGGUUCACAGACGAUUUGGAAAUUGAACGAGACCACGACGACAAAACCCAGCCUGUUGGUGGCAGAGGAGAUAUUGACCAACAGACACAAAUAGUCAAUAACCAGAUUCCAAAUGUUUUAUUAGGACCAUUCCCAUCAUUUGGAAUCGGAGAGACAAAACCACGCGACUCAGACUCUACGCAUUCUAAUUUGUCCAAUUCAUCUAAAUCAUCAGCUAGAACUCAAAAAGAUGAACCAAUCGAUUUACCAUCGGGCGAAACAGACGUCGUUUCCGACCCAGAUCCUGUCGCUGUUCAACCAGGACCUGAAUCUAAUGUAACACAAAAGCUCAGCUCAAUGGGUCCCAGUUCUGACGAACCAGUGGGAUCUCCCUCUCCAAUAGCAUUAAAGGAGGGUAUUGAUGGCGUUAGUCGGUAUCGCCGUUAUAGUGGACCCGUUUCUCCUAUUCGAGGUGAAGCUGCUAAUGCUAUUGCGAGGUUCAACUCGAGCCCUGGUGGAUUUGAGUCUGAUCAUGAAGAAACUAUGAACGACCGAGAUAUAGGCGGUAACUUUGUUGCCACUGGUUUGGGAGCAUCACAAGCUACUCAAUUAAUUGACACAGCUAACUACGAGUCUUCUCCUCUUUUCAAAGGCCAUAAAUCUAGCCAAGGAGUGGUGCUCAAUUUUGAGGAACUCGCAUCUUCACCACUCAAAGUCAGGAAUGCUAGUGUUACCUCAACUCAGAAUGACGUCAAUGUCGUGAAUAAUGGUGUGGGGAAUGGUAUUGGCAAUUUUGGAGCUAUUGGCGAAGGGUCGAAGCAAUCCAACGCUAGCAGUGCUGAAGAUGAUAGUAUUCAUAUCCAUACUGCGUUCUUUGCGGCAGAGGAUUCUCAACUUCAAAAACGGCGCAAAGCUAUAAACAAACUGAAAAACCAAGAGGAUACGGCAAUCCAAAUAGACGAUGAAGAUGUAGUUCAUCUGAAUAUUGACAAAGCAAAGUCUACAAGAGAUUCACAGGACAAGCCUGGUACUGUUAAAGCAGAUAAACCUGAUAUACUCAGUUUGGACGUUGAUCCAUCUCCGUCUCACAUUAGUGACUCUAUUCAAGGAAGCCAGGGUGCUAGCAGCGCUACACAAAUAAUCACUGGGGUGAAGUACUCACAAAUAACACGAAACACAGCGACUGCCAAUAGUCAAUUUCAGGAAACACAGAGAGUACGGCUUCCAAACGCCAUACCAAAUGCUCUACUGAUCAGUAGAGAUCAGUGGAUGAGUACUGUCGAUGACAGUGAUAAUAACGACAGCCAGGAACGUGGGUUCACACAUCCCGCAAGUUUGAAUACACAGGGAAGUGGUAGAAACUCGCAACCUGUUAUCACUCAAGUUUUGGGCACACCGCGUCAGGAGAUGAGAGAUCGAGAAAGAGAAAAAUCUUUUAAAGCCGCGUCCAGCUCUAGCAAAGAAGAAGAUAUUGAUAUGGAAGAGGCGAUUACUAGCGAUCAUGAGGAAAAAAAUGUGGAUAAAGAAGACGAAGAGGAGGAAAAAGGGCCUGAAGAGAUUAUUACAUCAUCUCCAGAAAAAUAUGACGAUGAGACUCCAGUGAGAAGGGGAAGAGGCAGAUCAAAAAGAAAAAUCGAGGUCGAAACACCAGUGGUGUCGAGGUUUAAGAAACCGAGAACUGGUAAUGCAGAACUACAACCAAUGUUAGGCGAAAUGCAUACCGAUAUUCAAGGAGGGGUCUCUGCCAGUAAUGAUAGAAUGGCACAAAAUGAUUCAACUCCUGACGGUGAUAAUGAGGCCGAGUGGGAAUCCGAGCAACAAAAGGACACAGAUGUUCAAUCGGAUGCUGUAUACACCAACGAGUCAGACCAGAUCGUGACAUCGAAGCGGACAUAUGCAAAACAUAUCGUACCAUCUCCCACAACAGGCAGCACAGAGAAAUCAGUGGAAAAUGUUGUAUGGGGAGUUUGGGGAACUAAAACGUGGUAUGCUGUCAAGCUAGUUGACACCACAGCAAACGGUUUAUUUGAACAAGGUGGUGCAAACACUGGAACACUGAGUGUGAGAUUUGGUAAUGGCGAUGUCACAGACUUGACAACAGAUAAAAUCCGCCGGUUUGAUAUUCAAGUUGGUGACAAAGUAAAGCUGGAUAAUGACCGAAGACCGAAUUUCGAAGUAGUGGAACUUUUACAAAGGCCACCUGUAGAUGGAAGUGUCGACGAGACAGUGGUAACAACAACCACCAGUCCUGACGGAGCAUGGGUUGGUUACGAGGGAGUGUGUUUUGUCAAGGUUCAACAUACCAAAACCAACAAACAGACGACAGUGCCUAUUAGACUUUUAUACAUGAGUGGGACACAAAUCAGCAGCUAUCUUAGUCGGCGACAACUGCAUAAAAACGCAUUCCAAGACGGAUCCAAUACAUUAGCAGCAUCAUUACGGCAACAGAGUAAAGCGCUUGAACGACUAACAUUAACAAACAACACCAGCCAAUCGUCAAACCAGUUUAAUCAGUUUACAGCUAUAGACUCAGGCGGGGCCAAAACACAACCUACAGACCAUGGUGUAGCUCAAAGAGGAAUACUUUCAGACUGUGUAUUCACAAUAUCUGCUAUCGAUAAUACAAAAGAACUUGAAGCACUAACCAAGACGAUAAUUCGGAAUGGCGGAGUUGUGCUCAACGGAGGACUACAAGAACUGUUCAGCGUGGACUACUCAACACUGGAAAUCAAGUAUAAUCACACGCGCAAUAACUUUACAUUUGGCGGUGUAUUAGCGAAAUUCGCAGUACGAACACCAAAGUACCUUGAAGGACUGGCACUGGGAUGGCCAUGUCUAUCGUUCAAGUUUAUUAUUGAUAGCAUUGCUGAGGGAGAGAUGAUUCAAGACUGGGAACCGUAUCUCCUCUCAGCCGGAGUCAGCAGUGCUCUAGACCAGGCUUAUUGUAGCUAUAACGUGCGGCAUUUCCAUCAGAACUGGCUUGAAGGAGCCACUCUGGCCGACCAGUUUAUCAACCGACGACUGAUUCUCGGUCGCAACUCGAUCCUUGCCGACCGCAUCUACCUCCACAACCCAGACUCUAAAGACACAGCCAUCCUAUUCCUACUCGUAGCCAUGGCACCACAAGACAAACUGGAGCUCGUAAACUCGCGAGCAGAAGUUCCGAGUGGAUCAGUUCUCAUUGACAUGGGUCGCAAGCCGUCAACGACAUCACAAGCUUCGACCUCCCGCCCUCAACUGACCCAACUGCGAUCUGGCACAUCAACCACCAACCACCCUAAAACCAUCAUCUAUAACCGCGAAUGGAUCAUCCAGUGUCUAAUCAACCAGCGCAUCGUCUAA